CAUGCACUUAAUGACACACUCAAGAAUAUCAAAACAGCAUCUGACAACCUUAAGUCUUUUAUUUCUAACUACAAACAAGCAUCAUUCAACACUUUAAAAAAAGUACGCUUAUAUACAUGCCAGAUUAUUGAAAACAAAAUGACUUUGAUUCGUUAUAUGAUAAAAUCACCAUCACAGUGGCAAGUGAUUGAGUGCUGCUCUGCUUCCGUCCCUCUCACAUUUUCUGAAGCUAUUAAGUAUACAAAGGUUUUUAAUCUUUUUGCUCUUCUCUAUAGUGAUAUUGAAGAGCAAGAAAAGGUUUUCACUUUGUUAGAAAAAGAAUCAAUGGGACUAAUUGAAGUUCCUGUUGAAGAAACAGCUGGUUAUUUUUUACAAUAA